AUGAACACAGAGGGAGAGGCGGGUCCGUUUUCCACACAGACAGAGCAUGAUCCACCGGGAGGCGCUACGCUAACCGCCAAACUCACCUACAAGCAGAACACCUCGGACGAAGAUUCUCAGCAGAGCAAAACCAGUGAAGUUGCUGGCGUGACCAGUGACCGGGCAGAGGACAGGAGUCUGACCGAGGCAGACAGCGAAGACAGCGACGACGAAAAGAAAUGCAUUUCGACCAGAAAGCAGAGAUCUGACAAGAGUCACAAAUCCCAGACUGUGGACUCUCAGUGCAGUAGCGAAGGCUGCAUUCCCACUCCGAGCUGUCGGAUUUGUUUCCAAGGGGCCGAGCAGGGGGAGCUGCUUAGCCCAUGUCGCUGUGAUGGCUCAGUAAGGCAUGCCCACCAGCAGUGUCUGCUGAAAUGGAUCAGUGAGAGAGGGUCAUGGACCUGUGAACUCUGCAACUACCGAUUCCACAUCGUUGCCAUGACGAUCAAAAGACCGUGUCAGUGGCAGGCUGUCACCAUGUCCCUGGUUGAGAAGGUGCAGAUGGUUGCCGUAGUGCUGGGAGCUGUUUUCCUAUUGGCCAGUGUGUCGUGGUUGCUAUGGUCAGCACUGAGUCCAGAGGCACUGUGGCAACGCAGAGACGUUCUGUUCCAGUUCUGCUAUGCCAUGUAUGGACUCAUGGAUGUUGUGUGUAUUGGUCUGAUUGUACAUGAGGGUGGAGCAGUAUAUAAUGUGUUUCUGCGCUGGCGUGCCGUUAACCUGCUCUGGGAUGUUCAGAACUAUGAUAAGAACUGUGACGUGGAGGAGACCAACACCAGUGAUCCUGCCACACACACACCACCUCGCACGUUCUGGCUGCCCCACACACACUCUCUCUCACUCACACACACCACCAGACUGGAGCCCUCUCCCCUGUGCCCUCUCCAUGCCUUCUCCUCAUGCCUCUGCUCCUCCUCUGACCCCCCCGCACAGGAACCAGCCUCGGGGGAGGUCGUCCUACGUGUGACCUCUGUUUGA